AUGGCGCCCAGAAAUCCCAUCCUGGACGAUGUGUCACACUCUAGCCCUACCGGUGCGCCGCCUCGUCGGCGGCGACUAUCUAUGGACGAGGAUCUAUUCUAUCACCAAGUCGUCACCUCAGCACCUCGGCGACCUUCUCAACACCCGUCCUAUGAUUCCGACACCGGCGAGAUACAGCCUUCCCCCCCGGCGGCGGCAGGGGAGCCGGGUGUUGUCGAAGAAGGGUCCGAGGAACUACCCAAGUACUGGUGUUCAGUCUAUUGCGAAGGCGUUUUCGAGAAAAAGAUGGAGAUAGAAAACACCACCAAAAGGGCGGAGGAUCGUCGCUGGCAUUCCUCCUACGUCGUUCUCCAAGGAACGGCUUUAAACAUCUACGACAUUAAGAAGGAUUGGGGAUGGGGAAGAAAUAAAGGGGGACCCGCAAUAUCGCCCGAUAAUCCUCCUUGGAUAAAAAGGGGCAAACUUGAAAGGAGCUAUAGCCUGCAGUACGCGGAUGUUGGCAUCGCCCUUGACUAUCAGAAGAGGCGACACGUCAUUCGAGUACGGGCAGAGGCCGACCAGUUUUUAUUAUCCUGUGUGGAGCUGAGUACUUUUUUGAAGUGGUUAGAGUCUCUUUUCUCCGCCAUUGAUGUUGCAGCGCCGAUCGACGAGCGAGAUUUCCCCCGUGAUCAAAGUAUCCCUCGAAUUCAGAGAAUACGUUGGAUUCGAGGUGAGGAUUCGCCCUCUCGUGCACCGUCGAUAUUACUGGACAGCAAUGCUGGCGAGGAGGAGCAAACACUUUCACCACAACAGACUCGCACCGAAGAACCUGUCGAGGACGAUGACGAAUUUAGCGAUGCUGAUGCCUUCAGUAUUGAUGGCGGCCACGGUGUGAACAAUAGCGACAGGCAAGAAGGCGGAGUGGCCCACGAUCCUCACACCGGCCCGUCCCGACCGGACCCCAUGAGCCGAUUCUCAAUCACCUCUUACCCUAACGAGUCUAUUGACUACCUCUCCGGGAAAUGGGCUCCCGCUCACUACUGGGGUCCCGAGCACGACAUGCGUUAUGCUAGACUGUGCUACUCGGUCCUCCUCUUCCGCAGCCCUCGAAAAUCCAAUUACAUCGUCAGUAAAGGAAAGAAGUGGUUCGUGGAUUGGGCGACGGGGCGGAUGGUCCGGGUAUUACCACCGGAUUACGGAGAGAUCGAUAUGCUGGCUCCAUGGCACGUCGUCCACACCGAAAACAGACGGAUCUAA